AUGUCAGCCGAGGCUUCAGCGCCCCAGUCUAACAUCUUUGGCGGCGACGGCCCGCAUGGUUCCUUCACCGCCGACGGCGACGCGCUGGCUCAGCGUGUGCGACUGGAGUGCGAAGAGGAAUUUGCUCUGCGGCUUUGGGCGGCGCGUGUUCGGUACCUGGAGCUGGAGAAACUGAAGGAGGAGGUGGAGAGUCAUACACCCCAUGGCCCUGCACUUCCACCUGGUUGGUACCUCAAUACAAACGACCCUGUCCUACUCACAUAUGAUCCAUACUUCAGGUCUCAUGCAGCCGCAGCAGUUGCGAGGUCUGCGCCAAUCUUCAGCGCAAAAGAAGGGCGCUACUACGCUGACAAUGCACUGCCGCUUUGUCGGGCGGAAGCGCACUCACUCAAGUCGUGCCCCCCCGCCGGAGGACACGGCUUGACGGGGGCGAGCGAAGAGGCUUUAGGGAGCGCUUGGCCGUGCCGCGGCGGCAGUGUUGUGGCAUUGCGCCGCUUUAAGGCUGGAGAGGUUAUCGCCAUGGAUGCCUCGGAGUUGCGGGUUGUGGAGGACCCGCUUGUGUGGCGUUUCUUUCCCCGCUCCGCUGCCUUCUACAGGGGACAAAAGGGUAGGAGGACUGGCAAGGCAGGCAAGAGUCGUACACAAAGCAAUAACGGCAGAGGUGCCCUUGAAGCGUCCUCCCCCAACCUAGUGGCUGCCGCGCGUCAGAUUGUAAUCCAUGCACGCGACAUACGAAACGGCACCCCAGCGCUUGUGGAAACUGGAUUUGCCCAGUUCCUUGCAUCGCUGUUGCUGUCCCGGGGCGACAUGGAGCUGCUUCCGAGAGGGGACGAGAUAAGAAAGUCUCUCAGCGGCUUGGACACAGGCAGUAAAUUUCAUGCUGUGACUACCGUGAACUCCAGUACGCCACUGCGGCGCUCGCAACGCGCGGAGGCGUUCGUUGAAGACUGGUGUGUUGCCCCAGUGGAGUCCGACCCCCGCUUCCCCGUGUUGCGUGGGGUUGCCUCACUGCUACUUCGGUGUAUUCCGCCGGUAUUGCUAGUGUGUGCCCAGAAGGAUCCAACUGCGGCAGGGGGUUGCCUUUCGCUGGAAGGUGUCAAGGGGUUUGUGUCACCACAUUACGGAUUUAUUCGGAGAAUGGGACUGCACAAGACAGACCGUCUGGCGCGGUUACUGCUGGGUUUCUCUCUUCAUGCCGUUUCCAUUCAUGUUCCUGACCUCCCCAAAUGUAGUGGUUUCUUUCCGUUUCUUCGACGUGUUCCACACGAGUGUCGUCCGAAUAGUUUUGUGAUGUUUUUGGACUCACCUGCGUCGCACUGUUGGGGCGAGGCAGGGUUCUUUGACUAUAAUACCACCGGCACACAUCUCAUUCGGGAGACGGGGGCAGAGACGCCUCUGCCAUGGGGGUUUCCGUGUUCGGAGCGAGUCUUUCUUCCAUCUGUGGCAGUUCUCGUAGCCUGCCGUGACAUUGAUCGCGGGGAAUAUAUUUCUCGCAGCCUCUUUGAUUCGGUCUACAUGACGCAGCCGCAAAGAUCUAAAAUCACACGGCAGCUCUUUGGAGUGUCGUGCAGUUGUCGGUGGUGCGUGGAUGAGCCUGACGUGCCGCGCGCCUUCCGCUGUUCGCAAUGUCCCCGCAACUGUGGGGUUGUUUGCCCCGUUGGCGAUGGCAGUCGCCUCAAGGAGUGGGUUUGCCUGCAGUGCGGGUAUCGCCCUGACGUGGAUGCGGUUCACCGUUGCCUUGACGAGGAGCAGGAGCUGGCGACCGUUAAGGCGGAUAAGAUGAGUGGGUUGGUGCGUCUCUUGCAGGCGACGACCGUACACUACAGUCAUGCCAUCGUUUUUCAUAAGAUAGAUGAAUGGUGUCAAAAGGCGUGGAAGGAGCAGGAUGCAUCGAUGUGUCUCGAGUUUCUAGAUGUUAUGCAGAAAAGUGUCCAUCGUGUGCUGGAUCCGUGUGACCCGCAGAUGGCACAGGUGCAUGAGUUUGCCGCCCAAGCCAACCAUGCGGUGGGCUCAGCGCACACUGCACGGUACGAGUACUUUCUUGCGCUGCAGAUCCGUCUGCGUGCUGGCAUGCGCUACGCACAUUGGACCCGCAAGACGUGGUUCAUGGCAGCUGAGAAGCCGCUGGCGGAGUUUUUGGAUAGUGUCUGA